UGGGUUGAGGGAAGAGAAGUGGGAGAAAGGGGGCGGAGAGGGAGGGGAUACCCUACUAUCUCCUAGGGAAUGACUUAGGGGGUUGCAGCUAAACAGUCUCCUGAUUUCUAAGAUGGACAAGCGGGGAAAGAUACUUAGAAAGACAACUUUUCAAAGUCGCCAGGUUAAGGCAGAACGGGACUGGAGGCGUUCCCUAACCGAUACCGGACAGUAGCCCUGAAUGAGAAAUGGGGAAGAAGCCUUGAACUCCAGCUAUGUUUUUGUCCAGAAAAGACCCUUUCUGCCCCUCUCUGCUUUGAUGUUCUGUCCCACUUCUGGCAGGAUUCUUUCCUCCAUUCCACCUUCUUCCUCUUCCCCUCUCCUUUCAACUACUCUCUGGCACCUUUUAAAAAAAAAAAAAAAUAAAGCAAUCUGAUUUCCGUCUUGAGAAAGAUGUCAUUAUCAUGGUUAAAAAAAAAAAAAAAAAAAAAAAAAAAGCUCUAGCAGCCAGAUUGUUUUUUCUGGUGUGUCACUGUAUAUCUGUCUCACUUGUCUCCCCUUUAGGCACUCUACCUGUCUCUCCUCAUGUGCCCGUCCACACAGAAAAAGGCACAUGGCUGAAGGAUGAUUCUUCCAUGACUCUUGAUCUGGACUGAGGCUUCCCUUCUCUCACCAGUGGUCUGCCUCCCCCAGAUCAGUUACAGGCCCAAGUCAAGGGGCAUCCAUCUUACCUCCAUUUCCUUGUCAGGAGGCCUGCAUAGGAUGGCUGGCUGGUUCCGACAGAUCCUCCAUAAGCCCAAAAAACGCCACGUGCGGCCGGACACCAACACCAAGGAUGUGCCAGAGCCACCUUCCCAAAGCAGUUCUCUACCUGAGACUCAGGAAUCUCCCUGGGUUCCCACCCCAAGCCCGGCAGACACAGAGAGCAGGAGCAGUGACUCUCGUUGGAGCAAAACGUACGAUGUGUGUGUGUGCCAUAGUGAGCAAGACCUGAUGCCUGUCCAGGAGCUGGUCUCUUAUCUGGAGGAUGAGCCCAAUGGACUGCGAUGCUUCCUGCAUCUUCGGGACGCGGCCCCAGGUGGUGCCAUUGUGUCAGAACUGUGCCAGGCGAUGGGCAACAGCCACUGCUGUGUACUGUUUAUCACCCCCCAUUUCCUUCAGGACCCCUGGUGCAAGUAUCAAAUGUUACAAGCACUAAGUGAGGCCCCGGGGUCUGAGGGCCACACCAUACCCCUGCUGGCUGGCCUGGCUCGAAGCGAUUACCCCCCUGAGCUCCGAUUCAUGUUCUACGUGGAUGGCAAUGGCCUUGACAACGGAUUUGGAAAGGUCAAGAAGACAGUCUGGCGUUAUAGGGAUGGAGACCCCUUUGGGAAGGGGCCAGGGAGGGACUUCAAGGGUGAAGGACACUGGUCUGCAUGAGAGAAAAGGUACAGAAGGGAAGGGGAGGAAUGUGAUAUUGGGAAUAGUGAAAGAAAAUGGCAGUGACCAGUUUGGAGAAGGGCACCUUAUUUGCAAGGAAACUGAGUCCCAUGACUCUGCUCAAUUUUUUUCCAGAUCUGCAAAAAUUUAGCUGAGAUGUAUAUCCCAUCUUCUCAACACGGAGCCCGGGAUGUCAGAGCAAGACUGGACUUGGAGCUAGAGGGGACACUGAGAGUCUCCCGAAAGCCCUGGUGAAGAGCCAGGCAGGUAUCAUAAAGAUUCGUAACAUCAACAACGUUUUUAUUCUGUCUCUGAGAUAGUCUGUAUAGCUGGCUUCUCCAGUACUCAGGGUUUCCCUUCCCAAGAAUUCAGCUCUGGCCAUGGGAAAUUCAAGUUGCUGCUAAUGUUAACCCCUUAGGGUAUUUCUUAGGCAGAAUGAAUGUUAUUUUGGUUUCUGCCCGAAAGGGAGUCUUGCCUCCACAAUUUUACAUGAAGCCUAUCACAUAUCUGUAUGUUCCUCUCCUCGUAUAUGAAGACAUUUGUGUAACUAUCUCUGCCCAAGAAGAGAGCUAUUGAUCUGCUCCAUCAGACAGAAUACUCUAAAGUCCUCCAGAUAAACUAAUAAAUUCUGACUCAGUUGGAGAAAAUGUAAUUGAUACCAACUCCUCCUUACAUGUAACCCUCCUAUUUUCCCCUGCCUUCUCCAAUCCAUCUUCAUAAAGCUCUUUAAAUAAGAA